AUGGUCGUGGGCCACCGACCCGUCGUCGCCGUCGUCGUCGCCGCCCUCGUCGGCGCGUGCGCCCUGGCGGUCCUGGGCCGCGGGGCGCGCCGGCAAGCCCAGGCGUCGCUCCGCGCGUCGGCCAUCGGCACGAACGUGCCCAUGUCGGCGAAGAAGGUGGCGAUGGUGGAGCUCAUCGCCCAGUUCGAGCUCGCCCAGGACUGCUUCGAGUCCAUGGCCUACGCCUACUGCGCCUACAGCGUCUGCACCGUGGCCGAGGAGAACCCGACGCACCCGACGGCGGAGCCGACGGCCGCGUACUGCUCCUGCGUCAUCGAGAACGGCGCGCCGGACAUCGACCUGAGCGUGGACACGGGCCUGGCCCAGUUCCUGUUGGACCGGUCCAACACGUUCGUGGCCGUCGUGGAGGGCGUCGCGUCCGGGAGCCUGUCCGUCGUCGCGGGCGCGAACCAGGGCAGGACAAGGGUGAUUCAACGUCGCUUCAAC